AUGAGUGACCGAAAUCUUUCUCGGGGCGAUGCCACAUUUCACUCGAUCGAUGAGGCCGCUCAAGGCUCGCCGGUUGAAAGGAACCCACCCACCGCUGACUGUGAUAUCGAGUACGUCGAUUACUCGCUCGAGUGGCCAGCCAUGCCGCGCGUUGAUCCGAUUGAAGAAGAGGUUCGGGAGAAAGUCAAGAAGUUACACAGUGAUUUGAAGGCAACACAUAUUCGUCGUAACGAGCUACUCCGGAAAGCGGCUUCCAUGCGGAUCCCGGCGCCGCUGCCCGACCUUGUCGACCAACUGAAGGGGAUUGAGAUCUCUAUGAUACUCGCAACCGUCCUCAACUGUCUCGCCUGUUCAAACUCUGACCUCGGCAUGAAAGAAGCAAAGAAGGCUUUAGAGCUUGCCCGAAAUUUGAACCACCAAAACCUGAUCGCGCGAUGCUACUACUGGAUGGGUCGAAUCGAGUUCCAGCAAGGUAACAUUCCGGUAGCGCACGAGUAUUUCGAAGCUGCAAUGCCUUGUAUUGAAGACGACGAGUGUGCAGAAGGCGAUUUUGUGGAAUUCUGGUUCAAAUCCACACGACCUGGGAUCAACGAGGAGUAUCGAAAUCGUGCCGUGAAUGAUCACAGCCGCCGGGUGAUCAAUACAUACGGCGCGACAAAGCUUCCAACGGCAUUUCGCUCAACCUUACCGGCAAAGCGAAGUUACAAAGAAUGGCGUGAGAUUAUCCUUAGGCCCAGGCCUGCUCAAAGCUCUGGUGCACAGCAAGGACCGAGUACAGAGAGGAGCAAACAAAAAGAUCGACUGGUGCCGUGGAUUAUUCCCGAUGUUCACAACGAGCCCUAUGAGACACCCUUCCAUUUAAGACGAAGAUUUCAGUUCCCACCGGAGGCAAAAUGGCAACCUUUUCAAUCCCACGCCCCACUUCUGCGAAAUCGUGAGUUCACCUUCCGAUGUUAUCCUAAGGGUCUUUCACCGCGUUAUCGACCGACGAAGAUAUUUCGUCCGCAUCCUCUGGAAAUAAUUUAUACUCAGGAUGCUUGGAGCAAGCUUCGUCGACGUUCGCAGGGCAAAACAAUCACCAUGACCUGGCUGGCCAAUGAAAUGGCUUUGUACGACAAACUGGUACACAAGAGGCUGACAGAGACGCGGAAGAAAUAUUUGGAAAUGACGGUUCCUCAGCAAACGUAA